AUGAUAGAUAUCCCUGGAACACCAGGGACUUUCACUGGUCUUGUCUUGAGAAUUUCUCAGUGUGUUUUCGCUGCUGCCUCCAUUUCUUACAUGGUUUCUUCCGGUGCGUUCUUCAACUACACUGCUUUCUGCUACCUAAUUGCAGCAAUGGGUUUGCAAGUCAUAUGGAGUUCCGGUCUUGCUAUACUAGACACCUUUGCUUUAUUGAGAAAGAAAACGCUUCUUAGCCCGGUAACAGCAACAUUGUCUCUAGCGGGAGCCUCGUCCUCUGCAGGGAUCAUGGUUUUAUACUUUGGGGAUUUAGGAAGCUGCAGUUUUGAAGCAGAGUGUUGGAGGUAUCAACUCUCUGUUACUUUAGCUUUCCUUUGUUGGAUCUCUAUCUCCAUUUCUUCACUUACCACUCUUUGGUUACUUGCUUCUUCUCUGUAA